AUGGUAUCCACUUCGUCUUCUUCAUUCCUUGGAUCAUCAUCAUCUUCUUCAACUGCUCACUUACGGAUCUCCGUGAAGAAACUAUCUCCUCCUCCUCGGCCUUCAUCCGUCAGAUUCCGGUCGUCGUCAUACGAGUCGACUUGCCUUAGCCAUCCGAAAUUGGCAUCGAAUCGCACAUCGUUCUACGAGGUUUUAAGGAUCCCUGUCGGCGCCACAGGUACGGAGAUCAAGGCGGCGUAUAGGAAACUGGCGAGGAUCUUUCAUCCUGACGUUGUUUCGGAUGUUGAUCGGAGGGAUUCAUGUGCCAAUGAGUUUAUUAAGAUUCAUAACGCUUACUCGAUUCUGUCGGAUCCAGAUAAAAGAGCUGAUUAUGACAACAGGAAUAUUCAUGUUUUCCCUAACUCUAAUAUAAUUAAUCCAUCUAUAAUUAGGUCUUACAAUUCUCCUCCUCCUCCGGUGAGAUCGAGUUAUUCUGGAUAUAAUCCACGGCGUAAUUGGGAUAAGGAUCAGUGCUGGUGA